CCUACACAUUGAAAGCUUGCAAAAUACACAAUUUACUUUGAAGUAUAACCGUUGACUACUCACAAUAUGACGGCAACUAACAAAGUCUUUGUUGCUAUCAUCGGUGCUGGGGGGGUUGGCAAAUGCUUCCUUUCCCAAUUCGAGGCUUUGUCUAAAAGACGACCGACCCCUAAGCUGGAUCUCUGCUAUAUCUCGACCAGCAAGAAGGCUCUCUUCAAUGACAACUACUCUGUAGCUACCGAGAACGUCCUCCAAGAACUCGCCGCCUCGACUAAAUCGCCCUUGAAUUUGCCUCAGGUGGCCGAUUACCUAGCUGCGGCACCAUCAAAGGUCAUUCUUGUGGACAACACCAGCUCCCAAGACGUCGCGGAUACCUAUCCCCUCUUUUUAAGCCGUGGUAUUAGCAUCGUCACCCCGAACAAGAAGGCCUUUUCGGGUUCGUAUAAGCUAUGGCAGGAUAUCUUCACGGCUGCUGCUACGUCUGGAGCCAAGGUCUACCACGAAUCAUCUGUCGGAGCUGGUCUCCCUGUUAUCUCGACGCUCAAGGACCUUAUAGAGACUGGCGACGAAGUGACUAAGAUCGAAGGUGUGUUCAGCGGUACAAUGUCCUUCCUCUUCAACUCUUUUGCUCCGGUCGAGGGUUCUGGUGGCCAAUGGUCUGCCGAAGUCAAGCGAGCGAAGGAAUUGGGUUACACGGAACCAGACCCUCGGGACGAUCUAAACGGACUUGAUGUGGCGAGGAAGCUGACAAUACUUGCCCGAUUGGCGGGCCUCCCCGUCGAAUCCCCCACUUCAUUCCCCGUACAGAGCCUGAUCCCGAAGGAGCUGGAGUCAGUCGCUAGUGGAGACGAGUUCUUGCAGCGGUUGUCCGAGUUCGACUCUCAAAUGGAGGAAACCAAAUCCGCAGCGGAAAAACAAGGCAAAGUAGUAAGGUUCGUGGGCAGCAUUGAUGUGGGUGCAAACGCCGUCAAAGUCGGCCUCGAGACGUUCGACAAAUCGCACCCGAUCGCGGCCCUCAAAGGAAGCGACAACAUUAUUAGUUUCUACACCAAACGGUACGGCGCGAAUCCUCUAAUCAUACAAGGCGCUGGCGCCGGAGGAGAGGUGACGGCAAUGGGGGUCACCAGCGAUCUGAUCAAAGUCCUGUCCCAAAUCUCGUAGUCAAGGAAGAGAUACAAAAUUUUAUCUAUGUUCUAUUAAAUAUGGUUGUCGCAAUUAUGUUGUUGUAGAGGAACUACGUAUUUUUCGGGUUAGUCGCUCGCAUGAUCCGAGUAAAUGGUACGCCUCUGACUCGUAUUCGCGUUAGCAGCCAGAGCUGUUGCGGAGCCAAUG